AUGAUCCCCCGCAACAUUGAGCCAAACCGCUUCCGGACAUCUCAUUAUUUCCUUGGAACGUUCGGAUAUGUCGUCGAUAUACACCAUUGCAUCCUGUGGCCCGCGUUGCAGGAUCCAAGCGCGUUGUUUAAUCUCAAUCCUAUGUUGUCGAGGCAAUUUAUGACGGCAGCAAAACUGCCGACAAGGGUAGUUUGCCGGUUCGCCCGCCCACAUGCAUCGGUUUCCCAGAUUCGAUUUGCUUCACAGCCUACGGUCGAAGACCCAGAGAUGAAUAACAACUACUACAACCCCCCCGGCCAGAAACGCCAAUUCCGCGACCCAUACGGCGAUUGGUGGGAUAAGCAGGACCGGAGAAACUUCGGAGAACCUGUUCAUGAAGAUAAUGAUAUCUUAACUAUACUUUCCACGGAAAAAUAUACGCACUUCAAGCCCGCCAAAGGCUUCUUCCUGUUGGGAUGUGCUGGAAGUUUCGUCCUCAUCCUCAGCGGGAUUGUCAGCCUGUAUUACCCCGAUAAACCUAGCGUGCCACGCACAUUCCCAGGUGGACUGGAAAAGGAGCUUGGAGGACCAAACACUGUUCGGGCUCGUGCACCAGGAGAAGACAAAUGGUGA